AUGUUGGUUGUAGACGACGUGAUUGUGGUCGGAUGGGUUUACUCAUCGUUGAAGGACCAUUCGCAGCAACAAAAUCAGUCUGAAGCGGCGCAAAUACGUUUGGUGAAAACCUUGACUCCAGCUGCAGAUUCAGUCAACUCGAUCGCCAACAGCAUCACGGAGUUCACCUAUGACCCUGAAGCUAAUAUCACCUUCGAUUCGUGGUUUAAACAUCACGAAGCUAUUUUCAAAUUCGAACUGAAGCCCAAAGAGGAUGCAUAUAGCGCAUGCUUAUUGCUUAGAAAGCUUGGCACGACGGAAUACACACGGUAUUCCAACUUCAUCCUACCAAAGAAUAUGCGAAAUCUCAGUCUUGAAACCUAUGAGUGUGUGAAACUAGAAGAAAUCGAAUCUGAAGAAUAUAAAACUUAUGCCGAUAGCGACAAUAUUGAAUGUGAAAAAUUCAAAUCAUCUACCAUGAAGGAAGACCAGUUCAAGUUUCUCAUUCUCAUAUGUGACCUUCAGUCGCAUUCAGGAAGUGAUAUCAGAGCGAGGUUUUUGAGCAAGACUGUACAAUAG